CGCGUCAUCCGCCCCCACGCCCUCCCAUCCCCGGUCGCCGCGCUUGCAUCCCGGCCAUUCUCCUCCACUCUUCCGGCACAGAAGUCGACUGUUGGACAAGGUUAGCAUCUAGCUGAUGCGGGUCACGAGGACUGCUGCAUUUGUGGAGCUGCAGCAUUUCAUGCUCGCUCUCACGCUUCUGUUCACAGACUGGAUACUAAUUCUAGUCCUCCGCGGGUGCCGCAAGAAGAUCGUCAAGCAGUCCAAGGCACCGCUCCUUGAGCAGUGCUUCCAGAAGAAGGGCGUCGUGAGCAAGGUCUACACCGUCAAGCCGCGUAAGCCCAACUCGGCCGUGCGUAAGGUGUGCAAGGUCAAGCUGUCGACGGGCCAGUCGUGCAUCGCCUACAUCCCGGGCGAGGGGCACAAUCUGCAGGAACACCACGUCGUGCUCAUUCGCGGAGGACGGACAAAGGAUAUUCCUGGUUGUCGGUGAGUUCUUGCGAGCUAGUGGGCGCGCGAUAGGUUGGGGAUCGGAGAGGUCGAGGAGUUCUUUGAGGCUUCUACGAAGAUGGGGGAACGUUGCAGAUGGCCCUCCACUUCGGCUGCGGAGACGUCGCAUUAUCGGUCUGUUGAUCCCCCUCAUACGAGGACUGAUCUACUUUACCCGCUGCUUGCUUCAAUGCGUCUGCCCCGUGAUUGAGAGGUGCUUCGCAACAGCUGAACUAACCUCAGCUACAAGGUCGUCCGUGGCGCGCUCGACCUGAACGGUGUCGCGGGCCGCGUCUCUUCACGCUCCAAGUAUGGCGUGAAGAAGCCGAAGAAGAAC